ACGGUAGGGGGCGAAUGCACGCGAACCACGAUCAAGCGGCCGCUAAACUCCACCGAAGAAGACGUUACUUCCGCCCAAACUACGUUAGCACGCCGCGGCUAUCAUGGCGGCAGGACCAAUUUCGGAAAGAAAUCAAGAUGCCACGGUGUAUGUGGGCGGUCUGGAUGAGAAGGUGUCGGAGCCCCUUCUGUGGGAGCUGUUUCUGCAGGCUGGGCCGGUGGUGAACACUCACAUGCCCAAGGACCGGGUCACGGGCCAGCAUCAGGGCUAUGGCUUUGUGGAGUUCCUGAGUGAGGAGGAUGCUGACUAUGCCAUAAAGAUCAUGAACAUGAUCAAGUUGUACGGGAAGCCCAUCCGCGUCAACAAGGCGUCGGCGCACAACAAGAACCUGGACGUGGGCGCCAACAUCUUCAUCGGCAACCUGGACCCCGAGAUCGACGAGAAGCUGCUGUACGACACCUUCAGCGCCUUCGGCGUGAUCCUCCAGACGCCCAAGAUCAUGCGCGACCCCGACACGGGCAACUCCAAGGGCUACGCCUUCAUCAACUUCGCCAGCUUCGACGCGUCGGACGCCGCCAUCGAGGCCAUGAACGGCCAGUACCUGUGCAACCGGCCCAUCACCGUCUCCUACGCCUUCAAGAAGGACUCCAAGGGCGAGCGGCACGGCUCUGCCGCCGAGCGGCUGCUGGCCGCGCAGAACCCCCUGUCCCAGGCCGACCGGCCCCACCAGCUGUUCGCAGACGCGCCGCCCCCGCCCUCCGCCCCCACGCCCGUCCUCACCUCCAUGGGGGCGGGGAUGCCCAUGCCCGGCCUGCCCCCGCCCGGUGCGUUCCCCCCAGUUCCGCCCCCGGGCGCCAUGCCCCCCGGGAUGCCCCCCGGGAUGCCAGGGAUGCCCCCGGCCCCCGGGACACCCGGCUCCCAGGGAGGGGGAGGGGGACCCCCGCCCGGACCGCCGCCGUUCCCCCCCGGCGGCAUGCACCCCCCAGGGAUGCCUCAGAUGCCCAUGCCCCCGCCCGGCCCCCCAGGGAUGGUGCCCCCCCCACCCGCUCCUCCCGGCUCCAACCAGCACCGGGCCCCCCCUCCCCCGGGCAUGCCCCCCCACGGCCCCCCCCACAUGGGCAUGCCGCCCCGAGGACCCUUCGGCCCGCCCAUGGGCAUGCCCCCCGGGAUGAGGGGCCCGCCCCCCAUGCCCCCGCCCGGUUACGGAGGCGGACCGCCCCGCCCACCCCCCUUCGGGUUCCAGAGAGGGCCGCCCAUGCCCCCCCGGCCCCCGGUCGGGCCCCGGGGCCCCAUGAGAGGACCAAUGCCCCCUUAAACCCCCUCCCCAGCACCCAAAACCCCCAUAGGUCUCACACCCCUUCUGUCCUUCAUUUGUACCAGUUUUCAUUUUUACGCCCAGUUUUACGUUGCAUCCUGAAGGAGAGAAGCAGCUUUGUAUCGACAUCUUGUUUUUUUUUUUUGUUUUUUGUUUUUUGUUUUUUUCCGUCGUUGUACAGAGUUCUGAUUUGAAAUAAAGGUUUUAAUACAAGGUA